AUGGGCCACAGGGGGAAGUGUGGCACCAACCAGGAGCCGAGGGCAAACAGUGGCUCUGGGGACUGGUGCUGGGGCCAGGACCUUCCGUUCUCUCCCAGCUGGCUCCAGACCAGAGUCCAAGCCCUGGACAGUGCCACCCUUCCGCAGCUUAGCCCUGAAGACAGAAUGAGGCAGGUACCUGGCCACCAGAUCCUGUUCCUACUACUGCUGGAAGCUGCGGCGACCCCGAAGUCUACAGCCUGUGGGCGGCCCCACGUGUCCAGUCGGAUCGUGGGGGGUCGGGAUGCCCGGGACGGAGAGUGGCCGUGGCAGGCGAGCGUCCAGCACCGCGGGGAGCACGUGUGCGGAGGCUCACUGGUCGCCCCGCAGUGGGUGCUGACGGCGGCGCACUGCUUCCCCAGGCGGGCGCUGCCGUCCCAGUACCGCGUGCGCCUCGGGGUGCUGCGCUUGGGCCCCACCUCGCCCCACGCGCUCUCUGCGCCCGUGCGUCGGGUGCUGCUGCCCCCGGACUACUCCGAGGACCGGGCCAACGGCGACCUGGCGCUGUUGCAGCUACGCCGCCCGGUGGCCCUGGGCACCCGCAUCCAGCCCGUCUGCCUGCCCGCGCCUGGCACCCGCCCGCCGCCCGGCACCCCGUGCUGGGUCACCGGCUGGGGCAGCCUGAAGCCCGGAGUUCCACUUCCGGAGUGGCGACCCCUGCAGGGAGUGAGGUUGCAGCUGCUGGACGCGCGCACCUGUGACCGCCUGUACCACGUGGGUUCCAAUGCGCCACGCGGGGAGCGCAUCGUGCAGCCCGGGAACCUGUGUGCCGGCUACGUGGAGGGCCUCAAGGACGCCUGCCAGGGGGACUCCGGGGGACCCCUGACCUGCGUGCAGUCUGGGCAUUGGGUCCUGGUGGGCGUUGUGAGCUGGGGCAAGGGCUGUGCCCUGCCCAACCGCCCUGGUGUCUACACCAAUGUGGCCACUUACAGCCCCUGGAUUCAGGCUCGCCUCAGCCUCUGAUGCAGAAACACUGACCUGGAGCCAGAUGCUGGGAUCCCUCAGCCUCCCGGUCCUGCUAGGAACCUGCACACCCCACCUGCCCCUUCUGGCUGAUAGCCGAGAGGCCUAAUAAAUCUAAGGGGUCUUCUGUGGCUGUGCCAUCCACGCAUCUAUCUGUCCAUCCUCCUACUUCCUCUUCCCCUUGGGGCUCCCCUAGUCUGACCCUGCCAAUCCUCUUUCAGGGAUCUCCCCCGUGACCCAGGGGGCUUACGCUUGCUCCCUCCCCUCCUUGCUGAUAUUUACCCUCCUCACUCUAGCUGGGGCUAGCACUAGGCACCCAGAGAUGGGUAAGCCAGUUGGCUUCCCAUCUGGCCUGUGUGCCCGUUUUUCUGGAGAACAUCAGAAAGAUUUGAAACAUGAGAGGGAUUCAACACUGGGAGAUUCUCUGUUUUUAGCUUUGAAAAUGGAAGGGGCCAAGUGGCAAGGAAUUGUGACUGCCUCCAAGGCUGAAGAGUGGCCCCUGGUGGACAGCCAGCCGGGAAAUGAAGACCUUGGUCCUACAACGGCUGGAACUGAAUUUGGCCAACAAUGUGAGUGUGCUUGGAGGCCAGCCAGCCCCUGAUUUUGGCUUCAUGAGACCCUGAGCAGGAACCUGUAGGACUGCUAACCUACAGAAUUGUGAUUUAAUAAAUUGGUGUUUGAAACUA